GUCGCGUCGCGACCUAACUGACCCCACUUGGCGUUGCCCCCACUGCAGCCUGGGAGGUGAGAUUGAGCGUCAUCAUGGACUCGUACGGUGUGCAUGUGGGUGGAAGUGUAGUGGAGGUAGUGGAGGUGGAGGCGUGUACGGGAAAGAAGUGUUGAUGCGUUUGCGUGUGGUGUGGGGAGCGCGAGGCCCAGAGCCUGGACGACGGGACAAGUCAGUGCUGCACUCACUGUUCACUGCUCAGUGCUCGUCAUGGCGGGAGCGGAGGAGGACGCACCUCCGACUCUCUCUGGUGUUUCGUCGCGGUCAUUACGGCCUCCUCUGCGGUCUGCUGCACGCCUCCAGCAUGCCACCGCCUCUGCUGUGCGGAACAAGUGCAGUGGGGGUUAUGUAGGUUCAGAGGGCAACAUUAGAGCUGUGCGAUCUGGGCGGGGGCUUCCUCAGCCUGCCGGGGGUUCAAUAGCAAAAGCCGAAACAACGUGCUGCACCAGUAGCCUAUCCGCCCCUCGCCUUAGUGCAGCACCUGCAGCCGGGCAGCCAACAGCGCCACUCAAGCCUGUGCUCAGUGGGCCGCACCCGGCAGAACACUCCACGUCCGUGCCUCUCCCGCAUCACCCCACCUCCCCUCCUAAGGCCACCCCAACACCACCGGUCUCCAUUGUCACCAUUCUCACCACGACAUCCUCUCCCAAUUCAAAGCUUCUUCCUGUGUCCCCUAACAGCAUACCUCCAAGAGUUUCUGCUGAAACUCACGGUUCCAAGGUGCAUUGUGCUGAUAAAAUUAUGAAUGCCAGUAUGUUACCAAGUACCGAAAUGCCUUGUAUCGUGUCUGGUAUUCCCAACCAUGUGCUUAAGGAAGGAGUUGUAGGAGACGAGGAAGAGGAAGAAGCCGAAUAUAUGGAUGGGGAGGAAGAAGAUGGGGACGGAGACGACAAAACUGGCAAGAGACGAGCCACGAGAUACGACUCGGCCGACUCCUCUGACAGUGGUGUGGGAGGGGAGUGGAGCGCGUCCUCUCCGUGCUCUUCCUUAACGGACUCACCGCCACCCCGCCCCGAGGACCUCGACGACUGUUGCCCCGGGCCCGGCACUCAUCCUGGCCCUGGCCCCGCCCUCCCGCACACACCUACGGCUGGGGCCCCACUCAAUACGCCCCCGCCGCCUGCCGCCCGUCAUGACCUUCCGGUGACGUGCAUGGCGCCCAAUGAUGGCUCGGGCGUGCAGGUGGGGCGGAAGGGUGGUCACGAGGGGGACCAGCUGAUGGGCAGGUUUGGCCCUGGAGGCCAGGUGGGCCACACGCCUCAUAAGGACCGACCGCCGGACACUGAUGCCCUGCCCGUGAGAACCACGAGGCGCACUGCCCCGCUCGAGGCCGCGCAUCGUCGCCGGAGGUUGCCGGUGGAUCUUGUACGAAAACGACCUGGGGAAGAAGCUAACAUGGGCGGCGAAAGGCGCACCAAGUUGCCCAAGGCGUCGUCGCCACCGUCAGCAGUGAACGGUGUGACGCACCUGAAUGGCUGUGUGAAUGGUGAUGCUAGUGACUUGCUGCACCGACGACUGUCGGGGUUGGGGGCAGGGGCGGGGGAGAAGCGCCCCCGCCCCAAUAACCAUCACAGAAACAAUGGGUUCACCAAGGACACCUUACAAAAUGGCGUCGGACACCUUCUUGGUAAAAAUGGAAUUAAACGUUUUUCUGAACCCGUGAAUGGUAGAGUGAAUGGGGUGGUGCGGCCGGAGCGGGUGAACUGCGGCGUGCCGCUGCGGCGGGUGAGCGUCGAGGAACACCGGCGGAAAGUGGACCAUCACACCAACAACAAUACGGAACCGCCCUCCUCGCUACCGCCCUCACCCUCCAGGCUCACCCACGGGGACAUGCUGCCCCAGACCCGCGCCCACGCCCACGUCCCCACCGCCGGCAAGCGCGCCACUCAGGGAUUCCCUCACCCAACUCAGGACCUAACAUUGAGCUGUGAUGUGGGCCUCACGCCGCCCAUUCCCUCUCCCAGGGCCGCCCACCAGCCUCCCCUGUCUCCUACGUCGGCUAGGUGUUCGGCCAAGUCCUCUUCGCCACCCCCACACACCAUUCCCAGCAGCAGCAAGAGCCGGAGCAGCUCAAGCAGCUCGGGUGCGGGCUCCUCCGCCCCCAGUUCCGGGGCCUCCACGCCGACGACCCCCUGCACUGUGCGCUUUCCCCCACCGGAGAAGAAGGAGGCUAGUGACGUAUGUCGCUGGCGUGACUGCAACGUGACCCUCGACCCCGCCACCUCUCUCCUGGAACACAUUCAGGCUGUGCAUGUUGAAGGUCAACUUGAGGCCGAGAGCUUCCGGUGCCUGUGGGUCGGGUGCAAGGUGUAUGAGAAGGCCUCCUGCUCUGUGUCGUGGCUUGAGCGUCAUGUCCUCACCCAUGGCGGCCACAAACCGUUCAAGUGCAUUGUUGAAGGCUGUGGUCAUAGGUUUACUUCCCAGAUGGCACUGGGACGGCACGUCAACAACCACUUCAGCGCAGCAGCUGCCACCCCAGCCCCUCGCCCCCCAACACAGCCCUCACCCACCAAGUUGAUACGCAAGAAUGGACGCAAGUGUCGCUACAGGAAGAAGCCUUGGUCAGAUUCGAGAGCAAAGCCACCAGUCCCUGCCCGCAUGUUUGACAUGUUUGAUGUAGGAGUGAUGGAACGGCUGCAGUGGCGCCUCAUGUGUGCCACUCAGGUGCAGAAUGGAGGAACCCCUCUUACCUCUGCUCAAACCUUCACCUUGCGACCACAGGUCCUUGCAAGACGAAUGUGUGGCAAAGAUUCUGCGGAGGUCUUAGUUAGUUGGUCUCCACCUGGAAUUAUCCUGAAUUCAAUAUUGUGCGUGAUCUUGGCUGACCGUCAAACACCCCCAUCACUACAUCUAAUGGAUCUGAUGCUGCUGGAGCAUCAGCACUACAAACUUGCUGACGAAUGGAUCCCCUCUGAUCAACUGGAACCAAUGCGACAGGUGCCCCUGGAGCAGCUGUCCCCAGAGGCCAAGCUGAUUGUUUCUCAACUGUGUUAUCCCACCACAGCUUGGCCCCGCAAACACAAACGCAAAAGCUCUUCUUGUCCUAAAACUUUAGAAUUAACUAAAGCUGUGUGAUCUUAGGGAAAAUUAUUAUUUUUAAAGACAAAGUUAGGUCUUGAUCUCAUUCCAUUACGGAGUAACACAGUGUGUGUAUGUGAUGUGAGCAUUCCUCUAUGACUGUGGAGGGGGGAGACCUCUCCCCCACAGUGGAGGCUCAGAAUGUUGAACUUGUGGAUUAUAUGGACCAAAUACUGGACCAAAAAUGAUAUUCUGUGCAAACUAAGGGGAAUUAUUAUGUGUCUGUGUGUACAGUAUACUGUGUAUAUUUGUAAAUAGUGUGAGAGUUGAACAACCAGCAUAGUUUGUCCACUGCCAGGAGCUAUUAAUACCAUUACUUUGUGUAAAAAAGGUCAUGUGACCAAUGUUAGGAUAUAUAUAUAUAUAUAUAUAUAUAUAUAUAUAUAUAUAUAUAUAUAUAUAUAUAUAUAUAUAUAUAUAUAUAUAAUCCUAGUGAGCCAGCACUGCUGCUCCCAUACAGAUAUUUGGCAACAAUAGUGACUGAAAAAUUAUAAGGAAAUAUGAUUGUUGUUAGAUAAUUGAAAUCGUAUUUAUAUUAAAUAUCUGAUUGUAAAGAUUAAUAGUUAUUAUAGUGUCUUAUAGACUGAUUACUAACAGUAGAGUAACUGCCAUAUAUCUGGGAGGUGGCGUUGUAAUGGUGACUGAUGGCCACUCAGAAACUACCACUGCCAGACAUCAGGAACAUCUCAGCCAGACCAAGCCACACACAACAAAACGGGUGCCCCUAUUGUAUAUUUGUUUGUGUGUUUGCAACUCUGUAUUUUUGUUGCAUCUCAUUUUGUCCACAUUGAUGUACAAGAGAUCUGAUUUUAUGCCCUAGGUUAAUUUUACAGGUGUGAGUGUUUUUAUAUUUUUUUAUUUAUAAGUCCUUAUAGCUUUGGACGACUGUGGGGUCUGGCUCAAGAUAGUUCCUAGUAUGCCAACACUGCCCAUUAUAUAAUAAGAUUUAUUAUUAUUUUGAUGUUUUAAUUUUUUUCAUUUAAAUAUGUGUAUUGAUCAUUCUCUUCAUUAGGUUGUCUUUUUCUGAAGAUGAAAAUCUAUAUUUCAUUACUGCCAAUAAUGAUUUUUAUUCGUAGACAGCUGCUACUUUUAAAGAUUGUACACAUUUCUAACCAUUUUUGUUUUUAUUUGUAUUAGUGAUAUUGAAUUAUGGCUUGUACUUCAAUGUUUUGCUGUCCCUUUUAUUUAGUUGCUGAUGUAAAGAGAGGGUGGGUCCUGUUACCUCCUUUACCCAAUAUGUGGUGCCAUAUAUUUACAAAAGUAACCUACCCAUGCCAAGAUGACAAUAUCCCUCCUCACCUCUAAACAAACUUCAGAUACGCUCAAUGUGAUCUCCGUAGGACAUAGGGCUGUUAACCCUUCUACAAAUGGGAUUUGGUAGAAGAUGCUUGAAUGUCAUUAUUAAAGAAACCUUAUUCAACCUUAGAUUUUUAACCCUGUAGAAUACUUAGUUUGAAUAUUUUCUUAAAUUGUAAUUUUUUAAAUGACUGCAUAUACUGGCAUAUGUUUUCUUCUACCGUAUCACACUAAAAAAAGGAAAAAAGUUGUAGCGAAUUGGCCUUUUGCCAAGUUGCUUUGUCAUACUAGUCACUUGGGUUUGUGGGAUUGACAAUGCAUUGCAUGACUGAACCAAAAGAAAACAAAUUUCUUAUAUAAUGACAGUGAUUUUUAGUAAUAACCAGGUAUUGCACCAAAUGAAGUUUGAAUUUCAUUGACAUUUUUGCUUUGAUAGGAAGAAAUUUCUUCUCAGGUCCUUUGUGAUAUUUUUACCUCAGCUUUUCAAAGUCCUGUUGCAUUUUGACUAAAAUGGGCAUUUGUGAUGCAAGGAUUAAGACCUAUGAAAGCUAAAUGUACCAAUGACUGUCUGUCCUAUUUAUUUCUUGUUUUAUUGUUUUACUCAUUUGGAAAUGUAUUAAUCCAUAGCACAAGUAACAGAAAAUAUCAGUAAUUUUCUUUAAAAGGUAAUCAAAUCAUGCAUUGCUCCAAACAUCCCAAACCCAACCCUUUCCCAGCCUUCCCUACCCUCACCCCCGACCAGCCCUCCAGCACCUGUGGCACCUCAGCCUGUUUGGAUGGAAGCAGUGACCUUCCAAAUCAAAAUCGUUUUCUUUAUAUCACUCAUUCAGUAUUGCUACUAAAUGAGUGACAUUUUGCAUUUAUCAUGGUUUUCAAAAGCGUUCUUUGUAUUCGUGGAAAAGUUACACUGGUGCAUCUUAAUUAAGCGUUCUAAUAAUUUUUCAUUGAACUAGGAAUACUAUCUAUAGAAUGUUUCUACAUGAGAUUAAGCACGAUAUUCUACAUUCUGAAUGUGCUUGAAGAAACAGAAUUAUUAUGUGUUAUGAACCUAUGAGAUAUUCUAUAUUUUUGAAAAUUUCUACUCGUACUUUUAUAGCAUUUUACUAAACAAGCUCUGUGAGUGUCUCAUAUCUGUACACUAACAUUUCUAAUUGUGGUUUGUUACUUUUGAUUGUAAUUUCAAUAAUCCUAAUUUGUAAUUAAAAGUUUUUUUGGUGG